ACGGCAAAGCGAUAGUGGCACUGGAAACCUACAAAUAAAGAAACAAACAGAAUGUUUCAAACUAAUUUACUUUACACUCUGUUCCUCAUCAGCACUACGCUGACGGCAGAUUCUAUGCAGUAUUAUAAAAUAUCUAUGGUGUCAUCAAGUAGCAACCCGGACAAGCCAGCGGUGUUCAAGCAUGCGGAGAGUCCUGUGUGGGACGCUGAGACACAGUCGUUGUUGUUCGUCGACGUUCUUCGACAAAACAUUCACCGAUUGGAUUACUCUACGGGCAAUAUAUCUACGAAGCACAUCGGUUACGGUCAAGUGAACGUGGUGUGCCUCGUGGCGGGCUCACGCAGACUGUUGGUGUCGGUGCGAUCCGCACUGUACCUGCUGGACUGGGAGGUGGCUGGUGAUGCAGCGCUGAGACUGCUCACCACCGUGGACCAGGGACUGCCCGAUAACGUCAUCAACGAGGGCAAAGCAGACGUCGAAGGAAGAUUCUGGGGAGGUACCAAAGGACCACAGAAUGGUGACGACGUAUUGCCAGACAAAGCUAUUUUGUUCAGUAUUGAGCAGGACAAGUUCGUAGAUCCUAAGAUACACAUAAAGCCCGCCUCAAUUUCAAACGGGCUCGCGUGGGCUCUCAAUAACUCGAUCCUAUAUUACGUCGACUCGCCGACGCAGAGGAUUGAGGCGUUUGACUUCGAUACACAGAAAGGAGAGUUAAGUGGCAGACGAACAAUAGUAGACAUCACUAGCUAUGGCUACGAAGACGCGAUCCCAGACGGAAUGACAAUCGACAGCGAGGGUCAUCUCUGGGUUGCGCUCAGGUUCGGUGGCGUUGUAUUACACGUAGACCCAGAUGCAAGACAGGUGGUGUACGGCUACAAGCUACCAGUGUCUCACAUCACCUCUGUGUGCUGGGGUGGGCCCAACCUCGACGAAUUGUUCGUCACAUCGUCUAAAGCGCAGAGCGACGUGAAAGAACCUCUGGGAGGGGCUAUAUUCACGAUCCGGGGGACGGGCAGUCGCGGUGUUCCUAUGUUCUCAUUUAGAUUUGAUAAUGCUGAUGAUUAUUAAUAUAUAAGGUAUAGUUUAGUAUUGUUUUUGGUGCUUGAUAGAAUGUACCUAAAAUGUUAACAUCAAUACACAUGGGUAUUUUUUAUUAUUUCAGCGAGUAAUAAUUUUUGGAGAUUUUAUAAAAUAUAAUGAAGAAUACAACGAUGUUAGUACAAUUAUAGUAAAAGUAGGUACACUGCUAUCUAUAUGUGUAAAAAAGAAUGUAUGUUUGUAUGUUCCCUAAUCUAUUCGACCGAACUCAAUGAAAUAUUUUGUAAUAGAUUCGUUGAAGCUCAAGGAAGGUUUACAUAUAUAGUUUGUAGUGUCACGAUCCCACCCACGCACUCACCCACACAUUUACCAUAUCUCUCGAACCGUUUAUUGACAGAACAACGUCUGUCGGGUCAGCUAGUAAUUUAUAAAUAACAUGGAUGUUACAAUUCCCAAUGAGACACCUACCCAAUAUGUUAUAAAUACCUGUUAAGUAUAUAUAUUUGUAAAAGCUGUACUACGUUAAUUUUUUCUAACGUAAUACAGCUUUUACAAAUAAUAGAAUACUUGCUGUAGAUGUUCUAAAAAAAUUAUCGAAUCCAUUAAAGUACUUUAUAUAAUUUUUUCUGUUUGUAUGUCGGUAUGUACGCGCAAAACGCAAAAACUAUUACGGAACCCUACCGAAUAACAAUUCGAGUCGCAUGACGCACGUUUUUUUUUACAUAUAUCAUGACAUAUCAUUGCUCUUUUUAUUAUAUUCGUCGAAUAAAACCAAUUUUGG